AAAAUGGCGAAAGAGUUGAGUCGUACGUGCGCGGUAUUCGCAUUUCUAUUAACUAUUUGCGGUUCAUUACAGUGCGUAAAAGCAGCAUCAGCGGAUUACUACCACGUCACAUCGCACCUUAGACAGAUCGACACAGCCAGGCCAGUGGAAUUGACAGAAGACACGUUGCUGCAUCGCCAGCGUCGAGCGGCACCCGGGCCCAUCCCUGUGGCGCCACCAACGCCGGCGCCCACAGAUGUCAAGAAUCAGUAUCAGAGCGUGAAUGCCAAUGCCAAUGCCAACGGCAAUCUGGGAAGCAGCGACACCACCGUCACCACAGUGGACAGCAAUGCGGCUGCAGCGGUAGCCGCCGCAGAUAGCGUCUCUUACAAUGUGGGCGUUCACAAUGUGGGUGUCAAUGGCACGGGCCAGCGCAAGGAUUACAGUUUGCAGACGGGCGAGAGUGCAGGAAAUGCCGCCACCACGACCAUCAAUGUGGCGGCAAAUGCUGAGCUCAAGAAGGGCGGACUGCAGCAAUCGCAGUAUCCCAAGAAGGCGACGGCCACAGCCACCCAGCAGCUGCAGGCGGCGGUGGUGACAACCACCACUACGGAGAAGCCCCUAAUUGAUGAUGUCGACGUGUCCGAGGAGGUCAUUGAAAAGGAGACCGCGAAACUUAAUCUCACUAUUUAUAACGAACAACACGAAUACUACAACAGCAGCCUGUAUGUGAAUAAGGAAGAGGUGCAGUCUAUGUGGAAACUUGUACAGAACAUAUCCGAGAACGUAAUGCUCUCCUCGUCACAUCGUCGCGCCAUGACCGUUGAGUUGAAGUUUGACUUCCCCUUCUAUGGCCACUAUGUCCGCAACAUAACUGUGGCCACCGGAGGUUUCCUCUACACCGGCGAGUACGUCCAUUCGUGGCUGGCGGCCACCCAAUAUAUUGCCCCAUUAAUGGCUAACUUUGAUACGAGCAUAUCAGCCGAAUCGCAUGUGCGUCUGCAGGACAAUGGAACCGCCUUCACUGUGCUUUGGGAGAAUGUGGCUCUGCAGGAUAAGCCCGAUUACGGCAAAUUCACAUUCAGCGCGACACUGCACCAAAAUGGCAACAUUGUCUUCGUUUACUAUCAAGUGCCCACGAACAUCAAUGGCAUCCAGGACAAUCAGCAUCCUGUUAAAGUGGGUCUCUCCGAUGCCUACAUAAUUGACAAGCAUCUAUACUUCUCUCGUCGCAAGACCAUCUAUGAGUAUCAUCGCGUCACCUUCGUUCAGCAACAGAUCACCAAUGCCACGAUCAUACAACUGACAGCACUGCCCACCUGUCUAGGCUACAAUGACUGCCAAUCGUGCGUCAAUCACACGACAAGCUUUACGUGUUAUUGGUGUCCCAUCAUGAAUCGCUGCUCGACGGGCACAGAUCGCAAGAAGCACGAGUGGAUGCAGAAGGGUUGCGAUCGUGCCGCUAUAAAUAAAUCGGAAGCAUGCCCGGCGUUGGGCCAGAAGGGUAAUAAUGCGGGCGCUCAGGACAGUGCCAGCGCCUCCAAUACAGGUGGAAAUGCAGGUGCUGCGCCCGGCGCCAAUCCCACUCCAUCCACUGGCGCUGCAUCAUCGGCCACGUCAGCCACCACCGUAGCCACGACACAUGCGGGCGAGGCGCCACUAAGUAGCACACAAUUGCCGCCAUCUGAGGCGGACAACAGCAGCAGCAGCCACAAAGACAGCGAACGACUGGACGCUGAAUUGUCGGCCGUGAAAGCAGAGACGAAGAGCGUGGGCGUGGCAUUUGGCUUCCUUGUGCCCAUUUGUCUGGUGUUCGCCGUUACGCUCUGGCUCUUCUAUGCGUACCGGAAUCCACACACAAAAAGUGGACAGCUUCUCAUACAGUCCAAGCAUUUGCAUCAGUUCCGUCCCAGUCAGUGGUCGUGGAGGCGCGGCGAGGCGCGCUAUACGGCAGCCACGAUACAUAUGUAAACUGCAGGAAGAACAGCAAUAAAUAAAUAAAUAACAGCAGCAAAGAUGAAGAAGAUGAGAAAGAGAGGUAGAAAGAAAGAAAGAAAGAAAGAAAAACAAUAAGAACAUCAACGGCUACUUUAACUGCAAUUACAAUACAUAUAUAGAGAAAACUGUGUCUGGUCUGUGUAAUUCAUUUUUAGUGAGUUUGUUUUUAUUUUAUUUUUUUUUAAUAUUUUUUAUUUCGAUUUAUAUAUAUAUAAAAAAAAAGACAAGGACAAAGCAAACGGCGACAUCUCAACUGCAAUAUCUCGAUUUUAAUUAUUAUUAUUAUGUGAUUAUGAAUGUUUGCUUUUGUGCGAAAAGACAGACAACAAAAGGCAAAAACGACAGGCUGCUGUUACUAUUUGUUUUUGAUUUUUGUUUGUUUAACAAUAUUUUGAUUUUGAUAUGCAUAUUUUGUUUAAAAAACAUUGAUACUAUACUAUAUACCUGUUCCUGAAUCUGAACAUUUGCUCCGCCUAACAAGCACGUUCAGCACAUUCCCCUCACAACUCACUGUCGUCCUCCCCCCCGCCCCCACCUGCCCACAAAUUGUAAUCAGUUUCGGUUUCUUUCAAACGCAAUUGUUGUAAUUAAAAUGCUCUGCAUGCUGUAUUUUAUUUUAUUAUUAUUAUUAUUUUAUGUUUUUUUUUUUUUGAGAAAUUUCUUUGUACUAUACGAUACGCAAGGCUUAUAUACAUUUAUAUUGCUAUUGUAUAUAUAGCAUUUAUAUAUACAUAUGCAUUUAUAAAUACAUAUGUAUUUACGAUUAUAUCCAAGACGACCUCUUCUUUUUGUUAGUAUUUUUUCUAUUACCUAAUAUAUAUAUAUAUAUAUAUACACACAAAUAUAUAUAUAUACAAUAUAAUAAAUAUUAAAAAUAAUAAAUGAACAUAAAAAAUUAAAAAAUAAAACCUACAAAAACAAAAACGGUGUGCAAGAAAAUUAAAACUAAAUCAAUUUGCUAUUAGUAAGGAAAUAAAGUUAAAA